AUGCCUCUCAAAAGAUCUACGGCUAACUGGGAACCAGAGGUGCCGAGUAAUAUACUGCUCAAGUCUUUCACUCGGCCUUCCUAUUACUUGGGCAUCUUGAUCGUCAGUUGGGGAAUCAUUAUGACCUUGACCGGUGUCGUGCAAAACUUUGGGGGGCUACUAGCUGUGCGAAUUCUGCUGGGAACAUUUGAGGCUGGAUUCUUUCCCGGUGCUGUCUACUUAUGUUCGCUGUGGUAUAUGCCGAGGGAUCUCGCGACCCGUAUAUCGUUGUUUUAUUGUGCAAGCGCUUUGUCUGGUGCAUUUUCUGGUCUUCUCGCAGCAGGAAUCGCAAAGAUGGAUGGGGUUGGUGGCUAUGAAGGAUGGCGGUGGAUCUUCUUGCUCGAAGGAUUACUAACAGUAAUCCUGGGGGUGUUAUGCUUUUUCUUUCUUAUUGAUUCCCCCAACCUAUCCAGAAAAUGGCUUGAUAACGAUGAGAUUCGCUACCUGGAAUUACAGCACUUCAUCAAAGAAGGCGGGAAGUUCAAGGAGGAACAGAAGAGAACUUCGUGGAGAGAUAUCCGAGCUGUGAUGUUGAACUGGAGAAUGUAUCUGCUAGCUUACAUUCUGCUAUGUCAAUCUGCCUGUUCCUAUGGAACAAAAUUUACACUCCCUACCAUCACGAAAGGAAUGGGAUUCGAAGGCACCAAUGCACAACUUAUGACGGUUCCUCCCUACGUUGCUGGUGCCAUAUCCGCAGUCUUUUUUUCAACAUUGUCUGACCGGUUUUACUGGCGUAUGCCAUUUGUUGUAGCUCCGCUACUUCUCAUUGUUACCGGCUACUCUAUCAUUAUGGGCCUUAAGGGUCAACUCCAAGCUCACAUUGGGCCAGGCUUCUUCGCAAUCAUUCUGACCUGUAUGGGUAUUUACCCAACUCAUCCUGCGACAACUUCAUGGACAAUGAACAACUUGGCACCAUCCAAUCGCCGUGCUAUUGGAAGCGCAUUCAACAUAUGUGUCGGCAAUAUAGGAGGGAUAAUUGGAAGUUACAUGUAUCUUGAUCGCGAGGGUCCCACCUAUCCUACUGGCUUUGGCUUAUCGUUAGCCUUUGGCGGGUCAGCUCUUGUGGCAGCUUUGAUUCUUGAAAUCUCGUUCGUUUAUGCCAAUAAACUUAACGGCAUGAUGAGCGAGUCCGAAAUACGGGACGCGUACAGCGAUGAACAGCUUCUGGAGAUGGGAGACAAGUCCCCACUUUUCAGGUAUACCCUGUGA